CUCUCUCUCUCUCUCUCUCAUAGAAGAAAAGAGAGGAAAUUUCAUUUCAAGCUCUUGGAAUCCCAUCCAUCAAUGGCUUCUUCGAGAACUCUAUAUUGUUAUUCUCUCAUCAUCAUUUCUGUUCUUUUCACCCUUUCGGAAGCUACAGAUUUCUUAGUUGGAGGAAAGAUCAAUGCAUGGGAAAUCCCAUCCUCUCCUUCAGACUCUCUGAAUGGAUGGGCUGAAGAGAAUCGCUUCCAAAUCGGCGAUUCACUUGUUUGGAAAUUCGAUGGUGCAAAAGAUUCAGUCCUGCAAGUGAGCAGAGAUGAUUACCUGAGCUGCAACACAUCCAAUCCGAUUGCUGCCCACAAGGGUGGGGACGUCACGGUGAAGCUCGAAGAGUCAGGUCCAUUUUAUUUCAUCAGUGGAGCGAAAGGUCAUUGCGGGAAUGGGCAGAAGCUGAUUGUCGUCGUGUUAUCGAAAGGGAGGAGGCAUUUCUAUGGGAUUUCUCCAGCACCUUCUCCGAUGGAAUUCGAGGGUCCAGCAAUCGCUCCGACAAGUGGCGCUUCUGGUUUGGUGGUUUUGAGGAGUGGGUUCUCGGGUGCUCUGAUUGUUUUCUUGGUGGGGAUGGUUUUGUGAGGGAUGUAGAGAUGGAAAUUUUUGGUUUUCAUGGUGGGGGAUGGUUUGUGAGGGAUACAGAGAAGGAAUUUGUGGGAUUCUACAUUGAUUAGUACUAUUCUUUUCUAUCAGCAGUAAUAUUUUUUCAAGUUGAAAGUUCUAAAGAUUUUUAAUACCAUUUAUUAUUUAUUUUUCAGACAAAUGAUACUUGUUUCCUA